AACACCUCACAUUUCUCUCUAACUGACCUGGCGCUGAACCCCCGAGCGGACAGACAGGUAAAAGCGUUCAUAUCAAAUGUGGAGCGUGGACCAGAGACAAUAUCAGAGUAAAAGACACAAAAAGAAGACAAACUAGAAAAGUGAAACCACUCUGUGGACCCUGGCAGACUGAAGUGAUGUUGGUAAUGACACUAAUGAUGCUGCUGAUCGUUACGAUAAAGACGGCAGCAGCCUCGGCGCGCGGCUCUGAAAUGGACAUUAGACCUGGAUUUCAUCCCAGUUUGGCCAAACAAACCUCGUGCCCGUCUUGCCAGGUCAUGUUUGGAGUCACGGCGUUUCCCUCCAACAUCUCCAGCGCCCAGUGCCUGGAAGUUAAGCAGACGCAGAUCAGAGAGAUUCAGCAGGGCGCCUUCUCCAGCCUCCAGCACCUAAUGGAACUGACCAUAUCUGAGAACGACAUGCUGGAGAGUUUCGGUGCUUUUGCCUUUUCUGGCCUCCCUCAGCUCACCAAAAUUUUAAUAUCUAAAAAUGCUGCUCUGAGGAAUAUCGGGGCUUUUGCUUUCUCCGACCUCCCUGAACUCAGUGAGAUAAUCAUAACAAAGUCAAAACACCUGAGUUCCAUCCACCCCGAUGCAUUCAGGAACAUGGCAAGACUACGGUUCUUGACUAUCUCCAACACCGGGCUCAGGAUUUUUCCAGACUUCUCCAAGAUCCAUUCCACCGCCUGCUUUCUGCUGGAUCUUCAGGACAACAGCCACAUAAAGAGAGUCCCUGCCAAUGCCUUCAGAGGCCUCUGCACUCAAACCAUUGCAGAGAUACGGCUCACCAGAAAUGGCAUCAAGGAGGUGGCAAGUGACGCCUUCAACGGAACAAAGAUGCACAGAUUGUUCCUAAGAGGCAACCGACAGCUUACUCACAUCAGUCCCAGUGCCUUUGUGGGUUCCAGUGAGUUGGUGGUACUAGACAUCUCUGAAACAGCCCUUGCCUCUUUGCCAGACUCGAUCCUUGGAGGCCUCAAGAGGCUGAUCGCCGAGUCAGCCUUCAACCUGAAAGAACUUCCUCCUCUUCAGCUCUUUACCAAACUGCGCCAGGCAAAGCUGACAUACCCAUCACACUGCUGCGCCUUCCUGAACAUGCACCGAAACAGAUCGGGAUGGCACUCACUGUGCGACAACCCCGAGGCUAAAAAUAACCUGCACUUCUUUAGGGAACACUGCUCCAACUCCACCUCCAUCACCUGCAGCCCAGCCCCUGAUGACUUCAACCCCUGUGAAGAUAUAAUGUCUGCUGCCCCCUUACGCAUCCUCAUCUGGAUCAUCUCUGUCCUUGCCCUGCUGGGCAACACAGUAGUUCUCCUUGUAUUAUUAGGCAGCCGCUAUAAGCUGACUGUUCCUCGAUUCCUCAUGUGCCACCUGGCCUUUGCUGACCUCUGCAUGGGCAUCUACCUGGUAGUCAUUGCAACCGUGGAUAUGCUCACACGUGGACGGUACUACAACUAUGCUAUAGACUGGCAGAUGGGCUUGGGCUGCAAUGCUGCAGGCUUCUUCACGGUGUUCGCCAGUGAGCUGUCAGUGUUUACCUUAACAGCAAUCACCGUGGAGCGCUGGCACACCAUCACGCAUGCUCUGCGACUUGACCGCAAACUUCGCCUGAGACACGCUUGCAUCAUCAUGACAAUAGGCUGGAUCUUCUCCUUGCUGGCUGCACUGCUGCCCACAGUUGGGAUCAGCAGCUAUGGCAAAGUGAGCAUCUGCCUCCCCAUGGAUGUUGAGUCCCUGGUCUCCCAGUUCUACGUGGUCUGUCUUCUCCUCCUCAACAUCUUGGCGUUCUUCUGUGUGUGCGGCUGCUACCUCAGCAUCUACCUCACCUUUCGCAAGCCUUCAUCAGCGCCAGCCCACGCCGACACCCGUGUGGCUCAACGCAUGGCCGUCCUCAUCUUCACAGACUUCAUCUGCAUGGCUCCGAUCUCUUUCUUCGCCAUCUCAGCUGCCCUCAAGCUGCCUCUCAUCACCGUCUCAGACUCCAAGCUACUGUUGGUGCUAUUCUACCCCAUCAACUCAUGCUCCAACCCCUUCUUAUAUGCCUUUUUCACCCGUAACUUCAGAAGGGAUUUCUUUCUCCUCGCAGCUCGCUUCGGGCUGUUUAAGACUCGAGCGCAGAUUUACCGGACAGAGAGUUCCUCGUGUCAGCAGCCAGCGUGGACCUCUCCAAAGAAUAGCCGUGUUAUCUUGUAUUCCUUGGCCAAUACGCUAAGUCUAGAUGGAAAACAAGAGUGCUGACUUUUACCCACAUUUACAGGUAUGGACUUUUUGCCUUGAUUGCAUAUUAUAUCGAUACAAACAGGCUGCUAAUUCCUUAAAAUGAUGCCUCAGAUCAUGAAUUUCGAUUACUACCUGGGAAAUUUUUUCUGUCUUCUUAGACCAGAAAGAUCUAAGAAAAAACACAAAAUUCAACCAAGUGAAAGGCAAAAGAGCUGAGAACUCAUUUUUGACAAUUUGACCCAGGAGUCUGCAAAACACAGUGAUUGUUAAAAUAAACAAUGCUCUUGCUCUUG